AUGGUGAUAAUAGAUGACAAACUUACCCAGUCUAGCCGACUGUCGCGCUACUCCUGCUCUACAUGUCGACACCAGAAGAAAAAAUGCGAUAGGCGCCAACCCCAGUGUUCCCUCUGUCAGCGAUAUGAUCGUGUCUGCGUGUAUAAGAACACGAGGAACAGCCUGGUUCUUGGAACCUCACCCGAAUCUUUGAGUGGGGCGCUGUCGACCACCCCCACCAAAGUCCAGCGGGACCAAAAUGGGUUCCCCGCCGUAUAUUUCACCGACUCAGCAUUGUUCUGGCGAUCUGUAGGCAGUUUGCCGGAUGCAAACCUUCCCAUCAGCCCUGACUUGCUGUCCCUCGUCGAGGAUGUGGCCACUGUGAGAAAAUUCACCGAGGCGUUCUUUCGUUACAAUUACCCAUGGGCACCGUUUAUAUGUAGAAGGAAUUUCAUGGAAAGGAUUUUAAAUCCUCUCAGUGGACGGCGCUGUGAAAAUGUACUUCUCAUAGCUGCUAUAAAGCUCAUCACAACAGAGCCCGAUGCCAAUGCGAGUUCUACUAUGUAUUGCAGCCUCAAGAGAUCAUUUCUGGAGGUAGAAUUGAGUGGCAGCUUGACAUUUAGAACGCUACAAGCACUUGUUCUCGUUGCGAUAUAUGAACUCGGGCAAGCUAUUUAUCCUUCAGCCUACUUAACAGUCGGUUACUGCGCCAGAUAUGGCAUUGCACUCGGCAUCGACCGAACAAUCGAUUCCCUCUACUCAUCUAAACUAGAUGGCUCGGAGGAGGAGAGGAGGACAUGGUGGACUAUUAUUCUUCUAGAUCGAUACUUGAACGUCGGCUGCCCGGAACGAGCUCUGUUGAUCGAAGAGCCCAGAAAUACGAGCGUACUUCCGAUGGAUGACAAGCUUUGGCAAAUGGGGUAUCCGCCUCCCAACCCUCCACUUGUCAUGUCCUCCCCUCCAACAGAGGCUAUGGGUCGCUUCUGCCUAACAGUUCAAGCAGCGUAUUUGUUGGGAAAGGUACUAAGAUAUACUGGUCCUCAAGAAAGUGGACAUCGUAUCCUAGAACAUGAAGCACGAAUACUCGAUAAUACUAUUGCCGCCUUAACAAAGGUUACACUACAGGAGAGCGUGAAACGAGCGCACGACUCAUUCUUAACCAAGAGAUGGCUUGGAUUGAUCGGCACAACUCCCUUCUAG